AGGCACCCGCAACAACCUCCAGGUAUGCAACCAGUCUCCAAUAACGCACAGAAGCCUCCAAGUCCGGCUCGGAUGGCUGUUUUUAGCAUGACGAGGAUGCCUGGGGAUGGAUCACCCAAAGCUAAAGCGUCCUCGGCGGAGAGACGACAUAUCUAUUCUUCAUUUUGAUUAUGACUGCUUCUAUGCCCAGGUCAUUGAGAAUCAGCAGCCGUCCCUAAAAGCACUGCCACUUGGCAUCAAACAAAAGGGCAUCCUUGCCACUUGCAAUUACGAAGCUCGGCGUCGAGGCGUCAAGAAGCUGAUGCACAUCUAUGAGGCUACCAAGCUAUGCCCCGAACUUGUUUUGGCAGAUGGUGAGGACCUGUCCCCCUUCAGGGAUGUCUCUAAGAAGCUGUACAACCUGCUGCAACCCUACUCUUGGAACAAGAAGAUCGAGCGCCUGGGCCUGGAUGAGGUAUUCUUAGAUGUCAGCGACAUUGUCGCGUACAAUGUCGAGCUUCUCAACUUCAAUGCCCUCCAGCAGUCCUUCUUCUGUCUGUCCAAGGAAGACCCCGAGCAUGGCUUCCGUUACGAUGCCAGCGGAGUUUCUGGGUGUAUGAGCGGCGAACCUCCGAGUCGGGAUGACCCGAGCUUCGCGCAGUAUUUGCGUGUCUUAGUAGCGUCCCAUCUCGCUCGAUACCUCCGUCUCAAAAUUGAGGAGCAGGGAUAUACAUCGGCCUGUGGUAUCGCGUCGAAUAAACUCCUGAGCAAGCUAGUCGGCAACCAGAAUAAGCCCAGGAACCAGACCGCUCUCCUGGCCUUCCAGGAAGAUGAGGUGCUGUCUUUCAUGGACAAGCAUAAUCUUAGAAAGGUCCCAGGAAUAGGGGCCAGGACCUCACGUCUCCUGGAAGGUCAUGUGCUCUCCAAGGAGAUAGAUCCAAAUAUUUACACGAUGGAAUGUUCCGUCUCUGCCGGGCAAGUCCGGACACAUCCGGGGAUGUCUGCCCCGGCACUAGAAAGGCUACUUGGCGGGCCUGGAUCUGAAAAGGGCAUCGGCGAGAAGGUUUGGGGGCUCCUUCACGGCGUCGACAACGCCGAGGUCAAAACCGGCAGCGGCAUACCCACCCAGAUCAGCAUCGAGGACACAUACAAGGGGCUGAACGAGCUAUCCGAGAUCAACCGCGAGCUACGCCUGCUCUCGGCGUCCCUGCUGAGGAGGAUGCACGUCGACCUCGUGGAGAACGACCCCGGCGGCGGCGGCGGCGCAGAUAGCCCGGGGCGGAGGUGGGUCGCCCACCCCAAGACGAUCCGCCUCACCACGCGGCCCAAGACGUCGCCGAGCGACGCCAAGCCGUACAACUGGGCGCGCACGAGCCGGAGCCAGCCCAUGCCCAGCUUCGUCUUCGGGCCCCCGGCCGCAAGCGAGGACGUCGUCGAGAGGCUGGCGUCGGACGUGCUGCUGCCCAUGUUCCACAAGCUCAACCCUGCGCAGCGCGGGUGGAAUGUCGGGCUGAUCAACGUGUGCGCCGCCAACAUGGUGGUGACGGGGAACGACGGCGGCCUAGGCAGCGGUCGCGACAUCUCGGCCAUGUUCAGGAGGCAGGAGGACGUGCUUCGUGAGUGGACGGCCUACAGCGACGAUCCGCCCCCGGACCGGGGCCGGGAUCAGGGCUCACUCAGCUACGAUGGAGAGAUCAUGGCAUCUCACAACCAGGGCCCAUCACGAGACUCUGCCGGUGAUGUUGAUGGAGGGGAUGGCAUGGAUGAGGAGGAUUCAGAGACCAAGACAUGGGAGGAGGAUAGUUGGCAUGGCAUGGAGGAGCAUUGCUCUCAAUGCGAUCGAUUGAUACCUGUUUUCGCACUCAUAGCCCACCAGAGAUACCAUGACACAGAAUGCAAUUGAUCCCAAAAUCGAUAUCCGU